AUGAACAGCGCAGGCCAAGGCCAGACGAUUUCGAUGAUGAGAAUAGAUCCAAACUCGACCAUGAACUCUUGCCAGAGGUGGGGUGUCGUGGAACUUCUGGACACAGCUCCACACACAGAGCUCAAGAAGUUGUCCCGCCAGCACGAGCAAGUAGCUAGUGAAUUGGGGAUCUCCAUGAGCAUGGUGCAGCUGCUUGACUUCGCGUCUCUUUGGGACGCCAACAUUGAAGUAGGAGGUCGAGUUCUGUUUGUAGCCGCUGAUGAGGCGAUGUAUCAGUUCAGCAGCAGGGCAUGCCCAGCACAGCGCGGGCUUUCGGUGGUCCACUUGCCCGAGCUGGAAGAGAGGUUUGCCCAAGACGAUCAUCACGGGGGGCGGCAGCUGACUCUGGCAGCUGCCAAGGCUGGCCACUGUAAUGCCAUCUUGGAUGCCAAUGUGCUGUCUGCCAUAGCGGAUCAGUUGACGCACAAGGAUGCAGGCACCAGGGACUCGGGCGCGCCGCUGCAGCGUCUCAAAGCAGAGCUGCAAGAGGCGCUUGCUCUCUUGGGUGCCGCCAAGCAGAUGCUUGCUCCCCCUGGUGGAACGCGCGAUGCAGAGGUGAGUGCUUGCCUUGAAAGCAUCCAUAUGGCUGAGAGACGAUGGUCCCAAAUGCUGUCACGAUAGGUACGGGUCUGAGAACUGAAAAGAAAAGCCGGUACAGAGAUGACUCGAUGAAAAGAAAGCUCAAUUCUAUGAUGGCAUAAGUCUUCAAAAAAGUGGCUCAAAGUUUGGGACUUUGACAGAUUGGCUAGAUGGCAGGUUGGCUAGAUCGUUGGCUAGUGCAAUGGUCCUUUGACAUUUUUUGUGGGUUUGCCUACGGACUUUAUGGAAAAACGGA